AUGUAUUUACGAAUUAUUUCUGCACGCUUCAUUUCACAUGUUCUUCAUUUACUUGCAAUUGCACUCUGUUUUUGGAGUUGGGAACGUAAUGUCUAUGGUUGUAAUGAUAAUGGAUCAUAUAAUUCUUAUCGAAAUCAAUUAUUUGCUGCACAUUCUUUAUCAAUUGCGUUUUGUGUAAUUGAACUUGUACCAUUAAUUCUCGGAAUAACAUCAAUAAGUUUUGCUCGUUCAUUUUUAGCAAUAGUAAUUCAUGUAUCUGCUGCUAUUGGUCUCGUAUUUUUUCUUCUACAACAUCAAUGUGCUUUACGUAUUUGGCCAAUAUUUGCUAUAUGUAGUUGUGUACCAUUAAUAAUUGAAUAUACAGCAGCUAUUUAUAAAAUUGUUCGUCAACGUUUAUAA